CAACUGCCUAAGGGGCUACCCGGAAUUAACGAAAACCAUGAAACCCUCUCGCCUGACUGCGACCACAGUCCACCGUCAAAGAACUACGCACUGCUCGCUCGACUGCGGCACCGACUCACCAAGGUUUAAGAAGGGUUUAAAGUUUGCUAUUGGCUUAUUCUCCAAUCGAAAUGCCCACCCGGUCGUCUAUAUUCCACAUUUGUUUUUUUGAUCACAUGAACUUCUACUUCGAAAAUUUUCUUUCCCCAUUUUGCAUCUACUCUCCAGUCUAUCUAUUCAACUAGGCUUCCCCUCUGCAUUAAACAUUUAUUCCUCACAAUUUGAUGUCCAGCACCAAAUCCCCCAUUUCUCUGAAUAUCAACAUUGGUCGCUUGACCCCCAAUCCAGUUUAUAAACCGAGAAUUUUUUUACUAAAACCGCCCGAGAUUUCCACCGUUAUGUGGAAAAAUAUAGCAAAACUAGUCUCUUCCAGAACCCUCAGAACCCAAGAAUUUGGUUCCAUUUUUAAUCCUCACUCUCUACCUCGAACUUACAGUUUUCUUGGGUUUUCCCAAGAUUCUAUUUUUCCUGAGAAAUUCAAGUUUUCAACUCUUGACUUCAAUCCCUGCUCCGGCAACGGAUUUCUAGAACAGGGUUUUCGAAAAGUUGGUGAGUUUUCGACUAGGGAUGAGUUUUUGGCCAGGCCAAGUUUGAAUUUUGCGAGGAACCAAAUUAGCAUCAAUGGUCUGAGCCAGAAAAGCUACGCAAGUCUGGCCGAGGCGAUUGCAGUUUCAUCAACUGAUGUGGAAGAAGAUACUUCUGUAGUUGCCGCAGAUGAGGUUCAUGAAUUGUUGAGUGAAAUGAAAAAGGAGGACAGAAGGCAGAUGAGCUUUCGGUGGCGCAAGCAUCAUAGAGCAGUUUAUGGAAUGGGCAGUAAGAAGUACCAUGCGCUGAAAAGGAGGCAAGUGAAAAUUGAGACUGAGGCAUGGGAACAAGCAGCUAACGAGUACAAGGAGCUGUUGAAUGAUAUGUGCGAACAUAAGUUAGCACCAAAUUUGCCAUAUAUGAAGUCGCUUUUUUUGGGAUGGUUUGAGCCUUUGUGCAGUAAGAUUGCUGAGGAGCAGGAGUUAUGUAGGCUGCGGAAAAGCAAGGCUGCCUAUGCAAAGUAUUUUCAUCAGUUGCCAGCUGAUAUGAUGUCAGUCAUUACUAUGCAUAAGUUGAUGGGAUUGCUGAUGACAGGAGGUGAGCAUGGCAGUGCAAGAGUAGUACCAGCUGCUUGUCUAAUAGGUGAUGCUAUUGAACAGGAGAUUAGGAUACACAAGUUUCUGGAGAAAACCAAGAAGAAAAAAGUAAAUGAAGAGAUGAAAAUGGAAGGAGAUAUGACUACCAGUGUAAUUCAAGAACAAGAGAAACUACGGCGAACUGUUACAAAUUUGAUGAAAAAACAAAAGCUGCAUGUGGUGCAGCAGAUAGUGAAGGGUCAAGAUGAUUCAAAACCCUGGAGUACAGAGGUUAAAGCAAAGGUUGGGAGCCGUCUCAUCGAGUUGCUUCUGCAAACAGCAUACAUUCAGUCUCCAGCUGAUCAGUUAGCAGACUGUCCACCUGAUAUUAGGCCUGCAUUUAUACACACAUUUAGAACUGUAACCAAUAAUACAAAGAGUCCUAGCAGAAGGUAUGGCAUCAUCCAGUGUGAUCCUUUAGUCCUCAAAGGCCUUGAGCGAACUGCCAGGCACAUGGUUAUCCCUUACAUGCCAAUGUUGGUACCUCCAGUCAAGUGGACAGGUUAUGACAAAGGUGGCCAUCUGUUUCUUCCUUCGUAUGUCAUGCGCACACAUGGUGCAAGACAGCAACGUGAAGCAGUCAAAAGGGCACCAAUUAAUCAGUUGCGACCAGUCUAUGAGGCCCUGGAUACACUUGGAAACACCAAAUGGAGGGUGAACAAAAGGGUCCUCAGUGUGGUAGAUAGGAUAUGGGCUAGCGGAGGUCGUCUUGGUAACUUGGUUGACCGCAAUGACAUCGCUUUGCCAGAGGAACCUGAAACGGAGGACGAAGCUAUACUGAGGAAGUGGAAAUGGAAAGUUAAAUCUAUCAAAAAAGAAAACAGUGAAAGGCACUCACAACGUUGUGAUAUAGAGUUAAAACUUGCUGUGGCCCGAAGAAUGAAAGAUGAAGGAGGUUUUUUCUAUCCACACAACCUUGAUUUUCGAGGCCGUGCAUAUCCAAUGCAUCCACAUUUAAAUCAUCUGGGAUCUGAUGUAUGUAGAGGUAUGCUUGAGUUUGCAGAGGGACGUCCUCUUGGAAAGUCAGGCCUGCACUGGCUGAAGAUACACUUGGCAAAUUUAUUUGCAAAUGGUGUAGAUAAAUUAUCUAAUGAGGCUAGAAUAGCCUUUACUGAAAAUCACCUGGAGGAUAUAUUUGAUUCAGCUGACAGGCCACUUGAAGGACGACGUUGGUGGUUAAAUGCUGAAGAUCCAUUCCAGUGUUUGGCUGUAUGUAUAAAUCUCUCAGAAGCCUUGAGAAGCCAGUCUCCUGAGACAACUAUUUCGCAUAUUCCUGUUCAUCAGGAUGGUUCCUGCAAUGGUUUACAGCACUAUGCUGCUCUUGGAAGAGACAAGGUAAUGGCCCUUUCUUUGUCCUGUGUCAAUCUUUAA